CCCGACGGUGCCAUUCAUGACUGCGCCGUAGUCUGCAUCGCUAGUCCGAGCGCGUAAUCGAUACCCCCAAGGCAAAGAAUCAUUGGAAGAUGCAUGACACUCCGGGUUUAUUUGGCGCAUGAAGGGAGAGAAAUUGGGGGCCAUUCGAACCUCAUUUGCCCGGUCAAUAUACAACCCCUGUAUCACAAUCCAGCAUUGUGCCUAUUGUUGUCAGUCAACCGCCAAGCUCAUGAUGGUGUGUGAGUGCAUGGUGGUGUGUGAGUGUGUGUGGUACUUGAUCAACACAUAGCCACAGCCACGCACUUCCCUGGGAUGCGCAUCCCCUCUUUUCCCUGACUCAUGUCAAGUGUUUUGACCUAUUUUAGUGUUCUGAGACUGGCUAUUCUGCUAGAGGGAGUGACCCGAAGUACUAUCCAGCGCGGGCGGCGGGGCUUCUGUUUCAAAGAUGCGCUCGGUUGGGACACACUCUGUAUCAGUAGCCAGAUUACUUCGCCUCAUUUGCAUUGCAAACAUUGGUGCUUCCGCAUACUGGUCGCUUUCCACCAGCAAAAUCGAGCUGUAGAGAUAGGUAUAUUACCAUAUGUUUGAGGCUGAGGUGUGACCAGCUGUAGGAUAAUCGAUUGUGUGGGGUAGUGCCGAUGGAGAGGGUCAAAUGAUG